CCUAUACAUUCCAUCUGUAUCUGUCUCUAUAUCUAUAUUCAUCACUCACUCCCUCUCUCUGGUUGAUCUGAAUUGCAUUAUUCAACUGCAAAAAAAGUACUAUACUUCACUAGUUUUCGUUUCGGUAUAUAAUUAUAUCGAUUUUAGGACUUAGAGUUCAGAAUUUGAUGAUAUAGUGAACUUUAGUUGAAAAUAUGAGGUGAAAUUGAAACUUAGGAAUCUGCAUAUUUGGAUAUGAGAAGACGGUGGUUAAAGAAACUUUGUUUAGUUUUCGGGCCUAGGCUGCCAAGGAUAUGGUUAAUUCUAUGCGGAGUUAGCGUUUUUGUACUUAUAGUGUUGUCGAGAUCGUUUAGUUCUAGUACGUAUAGCUCUGUCCCAUUGACUGACAAGGUAGAUAUGUAUGCGAAUUAUCGGAGAUUAAAGGAGCAGGCAGUGAAUGAUUAUCUUGAUUUGACUAGUUUGUCGUUAGGCGUUAGUAAUUUGAAGGAGCUUAGUGUUUGUGGAAAGGAAAGAGAGCAUUAUGUUCCUUGUUAUAAUGUUUCUGCAAAUAUGUUAGCUGGGUUAAGUAACGGUGACGAGUUUGAUCGGUAUUGUCAAAUAUCGAAAGGUGAACCAUACUGCUUGGUUCGUCCUCCGAAAGAUUAUAAAACGCCCCUGAGUUGGCCGGUUGGUAGAGAUGUCAUAUGGAAUGAGAAUGUCAAGAUUACCAAAGACCAGUUCCUUUCUUCUGGAAGCAUGACGAAAAGGUUAAUGCUAAUGGAAGAGAACCAAAUUUCUUUCCACUCAGAUGAUGGAUUGAUGUUUGAUGGCGUCAAAGAUUAUUCUCACCAGGUAGCGGAGAUGAUAGGACUUGGGAGCGAUGUGGAAUUUCAUCAAGCUGGUGUGCGGACAGUACUGGAUGUUGGUUGUGGGUUUGGUAGCUUUGGGGCUCAUUUGCUCUCCCUGAAACUUAUGACAGUUUGUAUGGCGGCAUAUGAGUUAACUGGUAGCCAAGUUCAGAUAUCCCUUGAAAGAGGUCUUCCAGCAAUAAUUGGCAACUUCAAUUCUAACCAGCUUCCGUUUCCAUCCUUAUCAUAUGAUAUGAUUCACUGUGCAGAGUGUGGUAUUCUAUGGGAUGACAAAGAUGGAUUGUUACUUAUUGAAGCUGACCGAAUACUCAAGCCUGGAGGCUACUUUGUUUUACAUGGAAGUUCAUUAAGUACAAAGAAGGGAAGCAUGGCCAGCCCUAUUGAAGAAUUUGCCCAGAAAAUUUGUUGGACGUUUAUAGCCCAGCAAGAAGAAACUUUCAUCUGGCAGAAAACCAUUGAUUCCCAGUGUUAUGCAUCAAGCAUGCAGGGUGCUAUUCCCCCUUGUAGAGAUGAAAGGGAGGAAAUUCAGUCCUAUUAUCAGCCACUUGCGUCUUGUGUGGGAGGGACUACCAGCAAACGCUGGGUUCCCAUCCAAAAUAGGUCUUCCAGUUUCCACAUUACCCCUGCUGAGCUUGAAAUUUAUGGAAUUCGGCAGGAUGAUUUCUACGAAGACUUAGAGUCUUCAUUAUCAGCUUUAAGAAACUACUGGUCUUUGCUUACACCCUUGAUUUUUUCUGAUCAUCCUAAAAGGCCAGGUGAUGAAGAUCCAUUACCUCCUUAUAAUAUGAUAAGGAAUGUGAUGGACAUGAAUGCACGUUAUGGUGGUCUGAAUGCUGCAUUUCUGGAAGAAGGAAAAGCAGUGUGGGUGAUGAAUGUCGUGCCUAUUAGAGCUCGUAAUACCCUCCCAAUAAUACUCAAUCAGGGUUUUGCGGGUGUUUUGCAUGACUGGUGUGAACCAUUUCCCACGUAUCCACGGACAUAUGACAUGCUUCAUGCAAAUGGGCUCCUUUCAGACCUUAUAUCUGAGCAAUGCAGCAUCACAAACUUACUUUUGGAGAUGGAUCGUAUUCUACGCCCUGAGGGAUGGGUUGUUCUUUCAGAUGAAGUAGGAUCAAUAGAAAAGGCACGCAUGAUUGCUACACAAAUACGAUGGGAAGCAAGGGUCAUUGAUCUUGAAAAUGGUAGUGACCAGAGAAUACUCGUCUGCCAAAAGCCUUUUGUAAGAAAAUGAAUCCUGCAGUGAGUCAUGAUCCAACAUGUAUGGAAUCUUUCCAUGUUAUACAACUCUGGAACAAGCCAGGUGAGCAGCUCCACAAUUUUUUUGGCUUGCCAUAUGGUAGAUAAAAAAGAAGCCUGAGAUUGAAGCAUGCUGUAGAUUAGAGAAAGUUUUGCUGCCAGUCUUUGAGUGCUUUUUAUUGUCUUUUUAAAAAAGGAAUUGUAGUAAUUCAUUCAUCCCAAUUUGUUUGUCUUAUUCCAUCUCUUUUUCUUGAUCAAUUUUGUAACACGAAUUACAUUUUGUAUCAAACAUCAUUAUUUGAGUGAAUACACACGACAAGUCAAGUCAUGUUCCGA